ACGAACAGAUUGACGUCACGUGACAGGAGCGCACGCGCUCUCUGAUGACGUGUGAACAGUGCGCCGCUGAGGAACUCCAUUCAGGUUUUGCUGUGUAAUAUCUGAUAGAGCUGCACUGCUAGUCCACUUACUGAACGGAGUGUGUUUAAUAGACCUGGACUCAGUCUGAAAUAUGGAAUACCUGAUCGGGAUUCAGGGGCCGGACUUUGUGCUGGUGGCGGCGGAUAAUGUCGCGGCCAGCAGUAUAAUCCAGAUGAAACACGAUUAUGACAAGAUGUUCAAGCUGAGCGAGAAGAUCCUGCUGCUGUGUGUGGGAGAAGCCGGAGACACCGUACAGUUCGCAGAAUACAUCCAGAAGAAUGUCCAGCUUUACAAAAUGAGAAAUGGAUAUGAGCUCAGUCCAGCAGCUGCUGCCAACUUCACCAGGAAAAACCUCGCAGAUUAUCUGCGGAGUCGGACUCCGUACCAUGUGAACCUGCUCCUGGCGGGAUAUGAUGAGGCCGACGGUCCGGGACUUUACUAUAUGGAUCACCUGUCAGCUCUCGCCAAAGCUCCCUUCGCCGCACACGGAUACGGUGCCUUCCUCACCCUCUCCAUCCUGGACCGAUACUACAGACCAGAUCUGACUCGUGAGGAGGCUGUGGAUCUGCUGAAGAAGUGUUUAGAGGAGCUCAACAAACGUUUCAUCCUGAACCUGCCUUCUUUCACCGUCCGUUUGAUCGACAAAGACGGCAUCCACGACAUGGAGAAGCUUCCCGUUGGCGCCAAAUGAGCAUCUUCUGUUAUUCCCCUCUAGUCACUCUUUUGUACUGCAAAUGUAACCCUCUGUGAUCUAAUAAAACAUUGACCGUCUGUUAA